ACAUUGGCUACCUUACUUAUAGAGAUUCAAAAUUGUGGUGGUCUGCAUCCUGGACCAGUGUUAGAGCAACACUGCUGGGCUAAGGUCAGUGAUGGUGUAAGCCAAGUACUUGGAAAACAUCCAGGUCUGGAUACCAAUGUUGCAUACCAGUGGGAAUCUGGAAUGAGAAGUCUUGGGGACACACGUCUCUCUUUUUUUGUCCUUUCUGUUUCAGAUUUGGCCUUGGAAUCUAAUCCAUCUGAUCAUCCCAGAGCAAGCACAAUUUUUCUGAGCAAGUCUCAAACAGAUGUGCGAGAGAAGAGGAAGAGUAACCACAUUAAUCAUGUUUCUCCUGGGCAGCUUACGAAAAAAUACAGCUCAUGCUCAACAAUAUUUAUAGAUGACAGCACUGUCAGUCAACCCAACCUUAGAAGCACAAUAAAGUGUGUAACAUUAGCAAUAUUCUACCAUAUAAAGAACAGAGAUUCUGACAGAUCAUUGGAUAUUUUUGAUGAAAAAUCUCAUCCUCUCACACGGGAAGAAGUUCCAGAUGACUACUACAAGCAUGACCCUGAUCACAAGCACAUCUACCGGUUUGUUCGGACACUUUUCAGUGCUGCACAGCUGACAGCUGAAUGUGCAAUAGUGACACUGGUUUAUUUGGAAAGGCUUUUAACCUAUGCAGAGAUUGACAUAUGCCCUAGUAACUGGAAGAGGAUAGUCCUAGGAGCUAUUCUGCUGGCUUCUAAAGUCUGGGACGAUCAGGCUGUGUGGAAUGUGGAUUAUUGCCAAAUAUUGAAGGACAUUACUGUUGAGGACAUGUAA